AUGUUCACCGACGCGCACGAUCCCUUCCCUCGAAACCCUAAUCUGAUCGGAUUCUCCUUCUCCUGGGAACUGGAUUACGUGAACGUGCUGAACAUUCUAGAAGAUUUGGGGGUUCCGGUGAGAUCUGAGGAGAGGCUUGAGAGUGGGUCCACGUGUUUCGUGUUCGGAGGGGGCGCGGUUCUCUCGGCCAAUCCGGAGCCGUUUGCGGAUUUCUUUGAUGUGAUUUUGAUGGGCGACGGCGAGGAGCUUCUGGGAAGCUUCGUGGACGCGUUCGAGGCGUGUGUGUCGGGAGGAGGGGUGGAGGGAGCCAGUGGUAGCAGCAGAAGCAGCAGGCGGUUGGAGAUUCUCUCGGCUCUGGCUCAGGUGCCAGGGGUGUACGUGCCUCUGCUGUACCGGGUGGAAUACCACAGAUCCACGGGACCCAUUGCUGACGUGUCACCUCUGCAACUGCCAGCUGGCAGCACAAAUGUCAGCAGCAGCAUCAGUACAGGAAUGAUGCUCCCGGCAGCUCCUGCAGUGGUGGAGAGGCAGACGUACAGAGGCAAGCAGCUGGCAACGUCCACUGUGGUGUCUCCGCGCAUGGCGUGGGAGGGGAUAUACAUGGUGGAGGAAGGCAAGCAGCUGGCGACGUCCACUGUGGUGUCGCUCGCCUCGCAUGGCGUGGGAGGGGAUAUACAUGGUGGAGGCAAGCAGCUGGCGACGUCCACUGUGGUGUCGCUCUCCUCGCAUGGCGUGGGAGGGGAUAUACAUGGUGGAGGUGCGGUGCGGCUGCUGUCUGUUGUGUUUUGGGUGGUGCGCAGCUGUCCCGAGGUCUGUCGCUUCUGCCUCGCCAGCUACUCCUCUCUGCCCUUCCGCCCUGCCGCUCUUGAAGACCACCUCAUCCCCGCUAUAGAGAGAGGCCUGCAGGUGACCAACCGCAUAGGCCUGCUGGGCGCAUCAGUCACACAGCACCCACACUUCGACAGCCUGCUCUCCUACCUGCUGCAGCCGCACAUGAAGGACAUUCGCCUCAGCAUUGCAUCAGUGCGCACCAACACAGUGACCGCCAAGCUGGCAGCGGCGUUGGCGCAAUCCGGGACUCGGUCUCUCACCAUUGCGGUUGAGAGCGGUUCCGAGCGCAUGCGGCGCGUGGUGAACAAGAAGCUGGAUUCAGCAGACAUCGUUGCAGCAGCAGUGAACGCACAGGAGGGCGGCCUGUCGGGGUUGAAGCUCUAUGGCAUGGUUGGGCUCCCCAGCGAGACGGAUGCUGACGUGGCAGAGACAGUGGGCAUGAUGAGGGAGCUGAGGAGAGCUGCUCCCCGGCUCAAGCUCACCCUCGGAUGCUCCACCUUCGUGCCCAAGGCGCACACGCCGUUCCAGUGGCAGCCGGUGCAGGCAGCAGCAGAGGCGCGGCUGAGAGUGCUGGAGAAGGAGAUGCGGAAGGAGGGCGUGGAGUUCCGCCCUGAGAGCUACAAGUGGAGCGUGUGGCAGGCUGUGCUCUCAAGAGGCGACCGCCGGCUGUCGAGGCUGCUGCAGAGGGCGCGCGAGUUCGGCGGGUCGCAGGGCAGCUUUGGGCGCGCCUUCAAGGAGAUGAAGGGGCAGGUGCCGCCGCCUGAAUAUUAUGCUUUCAGACUGUUUGGCGGGUCGCAGGGCAGCUUUGGGUGCGCGUUCAAGGAGAUGAGGGGGCAGGUGCCGCCGCCUGAAUACUACGCCUUCAGACUGGUGGGGGAGAGUGAGGUGCUCCCGUGGGCUCACCUCUCGGGCGCUCUGCCAGUGGACCACUUUUCUGGCUCUCACCUCUCAGGCGCUCUGCCAGUGAAAGUUCUCAAGCACCAUGCAGCCGACGCAGCUACGCACUUUGGCACCUCUCCUCUCAGGCACCUCUCCUCUCAGGCACCUCUCCUCUCAGGCACCUCUCCUCCCAGGCACCUCUCCUCCCAGGCACCUCUCCUCUCAGGCACCUCUCCUCCCAGGCACCUCUCCUCCCAGGCACCUCUCCUCUCAGGCACCUCUCCUCCCAGGCACCUCUCCUCUCAGGCACCUCUCCUCUCAGGCACUCUGCCAGUGGACGUGCUCAGGCAGGCCUCUCAACACUCUUAUUUCUCCGACUCGCUCGCUGCCAGUGGGACGAGCUGUGGUAGCAUGCAGGCAACGCGGCUGCACACUCAAGGCCACAGUACCCCUCACCCCACCUGA